AGAGUUGUAAGCGAAGAGGUAGAGCGUGCUUUGGCCAAGUUGGGUCCUGCUAGAAUUGAAGGAAGGUCCUCUCCCAAAAGAAUAGAAGGCCCUGAUGGGACAAAUCUUCAGCUUCAAUUUAGAAGCAGGUUGUCUCUCCCACUCUUUACUGGUGGAAAAGUAGAAGGCGAGCAUGGGGCAGCUAUACAUGUUGUGCUGCUGGAUACCAACACUGGUUGUGUUGUCACUUCGGGACCUGAAUCAUGUGCAAAGCUGGAUGUUCUUGUGCUUGAGGGUGAUUUGAAUAAAGAGGAAGAUGAGGGUUGGACAGAAGAGGAGUUUGAAGGUCAUAUUGUCAAGGAGCGUGAAGGGAAAAGACCUCUCUUGACUGGUGACCUUCAGGUGACUCUUAAAGAAGGUGUUGGAACCAUAGGGGAGCUUAUCUUCACUGACAACUCCAGCUGGAUAAGAAGCAGGAAAUUCAGACUUGGGCUCAGGGUUGCCUCUGUUUUUUCUGAAGGUAUUCGUGUUAGGGAGGCGAAGACAAAAGCUUUUACUGUUAAGGAUCAUAGAGGGGAAUUGUACAAAAAACACUACCCUCCUGCUUUGAAGGAUGAUGUUUGGAGAUUAGAGAAGGUUGGCAAGGAUGGUGCAUUCCACAAGAAGUUAAAUGGAAGCGGAAUCUAUACAGUUGAAGAUUUUCUUCGGCUUCUUGUUAGGGAUCAACAGAGGUUGCGAAGUAUUCUUGGCAGUGGCAUGUCAAAUAAGAUGUGGGAAAGCCUUGUUGAGCAUGCAAAGACUUGUGUCUUAGGUGGAAAGCAUUAUAUAUAUUAUGUGAACGAUCCAAGAAAUGUCGGUGCAAUAUUCAAAAACAUAUAUGAGUUCACUGGCUUGAUUGCUGAUGAUCAGUUCAUUUCAGCUGAAAAUCUCACGGACAACCAAAAGGUUUGCAUAUUUAUUUAUGUGUUAUCGAAUAAUAAGUCCAGUUACAUGUCUGGGCCUGUUAAAUAUUUGUAAAAUUCAUUGGUGUUGUAAGGCUGAGAUUUGGUAUAGCGGAGCAAGUUGUUACAUGAGACUGCAAACUUGUGUUCGGCUGUACGAUACCAGUGUAUCACUCAGACUGGCCUGCGUUCAACAUGUUCACCGCACAUCCAGGCCCUUC